UGUCAUUUCAGGAAUUGUGAAUUUGUAUUCAUAUAUUCAUUGCAUUAAAUAAUUAUAAAAAAUAAUUGAAUAGCAAAUCUCUUACUAAUUAUUAUUUGAUCUCUUGGAAUUAAAUAGUAAAAGCUAUAUUUCAGCUAAUUCUAAUUGUGUAUCACUUGUCUAAUUUAGUACAAAAUAAUGUCCUUAUUUCGUAAACCAAAGAAGAUUCAACGACGCGUCUUUUGCGCUGACGAUGAUGAUGACGGCGAUCCUGAACCACCACCGCCGCCUAUCAUCAGCCAGAAAAAAGAAAACAAACCUGUUAAAAAUCCUACAUUAUUGAGUUUUGCUGAUGAAGAGGAUGAUGGAGAGGUUUUUAAAGUAAAAAAAUCAUCCCAGAGCAAGAAACUUGCAAAGCGGCGUGAGAAGGAGAAACACCGUGUUCCUGAUGGUGAUAAUAACAAAUAUGACAAUAAUACGCCUGAGGACACAAUGGACAAUGAUGAUGUGGGAGACAAGCCGAAGGUCAAGAAGAAAGGGUCACUAGAGGGGCUGAUACUGACUGGACGUGAGGCACUCGCUGCAGAGGGGACCGGGGACAUGUCUGAUGAUGAGAUUGAGGAAGAGGAGGAUAGUAGGGGUUUCCAUCGGUACCGCGCAGAGUCGGUGCGCGCUGUGCUCGCGCAGCCGGGCCACAUACCCGAUGCGGCGCUCAUCCACGCGGCGCGCAAGACCAGACAGCAGGCUCGAGAACUGGGUGACUUUGUUCCGAUCAGAUCGGAGGCGACUCCGGGUUCACGGCUCAUCCGCGACGAUGGCUCGGGUGACGAUGAUGACGAGGAUGGCAGGAUAGAAGUCUGCGGACUGGUCCUGCCUAGUGAUAAACCUAAACGCGGGACCGCGGCUGCCUCGGAAGAAGAGCUGGACAGCGAAGAUGAGGCAUGGGAGAAACAACAAAUACAGAAGGCAAUGCCUUCUAACAUAGACAUUACUGGCGAGAUACAGUCUGAGUUGAACCCGUUCGCGGUAGCGGCCACUGCGCCGCGCACCGACAGCGCGCCGCAUCUGCGCUCGCUGCUCACCCCCGACAACACCGCGCCCUCCACACCACACGAACUACUUCAAGCACUCAAAUCAAGGUUGGAGGAGCUGCGCCGGGAGCGGGCGGCGACGGGCGAGCGGGGCGAGGCGGUGCGCGCGCGGCUGCUGCAGCGGGCGCGGGAGCGCGCUUCCCGCGCCGCGCGCACCCGCCGCCUGGACGCCGCGUACCGCCGCGCGCAGGCCGCUCGCGGAUACAUCACGGACCUCGUUGAAUGUCUCGAUGAAAAGAUGCCGCAGCUGGAGGCGCUGGAGGCGCGCGCGCUGCAGCUGCACCGGCGGCGCUGCGAGUUCCUGGUGGAGCGCCGCCGCGCCGACGUGCGCGACCAGGCGCAGGACGUGCUCGCGCUCGCAGCUCGACCCGGUGCAGCGAAGCCGGUGGACAGCGAGGAGAAGACACGGCGCGCGGCGGAGCGCGAGGGGCGGCGGCGCGCGCGCAGGUUGCGGCGCGAAGCGGGCGCGGCGGCGGCGGGGGCGGCGCCCGCGCACCGCGACGGAGACUCCAGCGACGACGACCUGCCGCCCGCCGAGCUGCAGCACUACACGCAGGAGGCCGAGGCGAUCCGUCAGUUAUCGUGUGAGGUGUUCGCGGACGCGCUGCCGGCGUGGCGCAGCGUGCGCGGCGUGUGCGCUCGCGUCUCGCGCUGGCGACGCUCGCAGCCCGCGCUCUACAGCGACGCGUACGUCGCCGACUGCCUGCCGCGGCUGCUCGCGCCGUACAUACGACACGAGUUGAUCCUGUGGAAUCCAUUGGCGGAUGAAGACAAUGAGGAUUAUGAAAAGAUGGACUGGUACAAAUGCCUGAUGAUGUACGGCGUGCGCGCUGAGCGGCUGUCCAGCGAGUCUGAGCUGUCGGAGGAGGAGGCGGAGGCGGAGGCGGGGGCGGGGUUGAGCGAGGCUGCGCUGCGAGACGACCCCGACCUGCUGCUGGUGCCCACCAUCAUCAACAAGGUCGUCCUGCCCAAGGUCACAGAGCUGGUGGAGCACGCAUGGGACCCAGUAUGCGUGCGUGCAUGCGUGCGCCUCCGUCGCGUGCUGGAGCGUGCGUGCGCUCUGCCGGGCGGGGCCGCACUGCGCCGGCUGGCGGGCGCCGCGCGCGCCAGGCUCGCCGCCACACUGCACGCUGACGUCUUCCUGCCACCCUUACCACCGCAUGUGCUGGAGGGCGCGGGCGGGGCGUUCUGGCGGCGCUGCGUGGGCGCGGGCGUGCGGCUGCUGCGCGCGGCGCUCGCGCUCUGCGCCCCGCCGCCCACGCUCAACGCGGACGCACUCGUGCUCUCACUUAUUGGUACAUUUAUACAUACUAUGUUCAAAUCAUCCAUACAUUGGACGUUGAUAACUGCAAAUUAUGAAUCGUGUUAUAUUUUAUGUUAUAUUAACUUUAGCGCGCUAAUGUGUCUGUACAGAAUUUUUAAAAAAUGCCAAAGUGUUCUUUCAAUUGAUAGAUAUUGAUAUAAUUGUAACAACGUGACAAACUCAAAAUGGCGCGCUGUUGUCAUACGUCUGAAUGACAUUGACAGAUGUCAGAUAGGGACGGGACGUAUAUGUCAAUAAUAGUGUUGCGCUAAUCCUCCAGCGUAAUACUGAUUUUCUUAACACAAUCUAUGAUUAAAAAUUGCAAUAAUUUUAUGUUUUAUUUUAAAUCGUUAAUACUGUAUUGAAAUAUGCAAAAGGACACAAAUGUACAAUAUGUUGGUGCAGACACGCUGUGCAUGGCGGCGGGCGCGGCGCCGGGCGUGCAGGCGGCGGCGGCGGGCGCGGCGCUGGCGGACACGCUGCCGCGCGCGGGCGCGCUGCGGGCGAGCGCGCUGCGCCGCCUCGCGCGCCUCGCACAGCUCGCUAUCUCCCGACUGCACUCCGACAACCCUAUGCAUCUGAAAGCGCUGGAGCAAGCACGCACAAUCUUGUCGGAGGCGCGCGCGGCUGAAUGACAUCAACUUGGGCGCCGCAAACCUCACUUGCGUUAGCUGAAACAUCACGUGACGUCACGAUAGAAAGAGAGAGAACUAUACGUGUUCUCUGUUCGAUUACAUUCAAAUCGAAAGAGAAAUAACGAUUUUACGUUGGGGAAAACAGAUGAAUGCCUCCGAUUGUGAAUCGAAUUAGAAAUAUCGAUUCUAGGAUUUCCGAGUGGGCACGGCAAAGUUACAAUGUAGACUUCAUUUAAGGUCGCAGUUGCCGUUGAUAAUAUUAUCCAUUAUUUAGACAAAUAGACAUGACAUUUUAAUUUCAAAAAUCUUCGUUGUAGCAAAUGCGAUGUAAAUUUUUAUCGCUGACUACCCCGAAAUGCGCAAGAUUGCUUAUACGGAUAUAGAGUUAAAAUAAAAUGUUUAUAAUAAAUGACAAUGAUGUGGACAUUUAGAAAUAUUAUUUAUAAAUUAUUUAACGACU